GCCGGACGCCACCACGCGGCCGCGGCGCGCCACCAUCGGACGCCGCAGCCACCACUAGAGGCCGCACCAUUCGGCACCCAGAUCACGAGGGCGACCCUUAAACCCUAGUUGCCCCCAUUCCCACCCGGAUCGCCGAGCCGCGGCGGCGCGACAUGGAGGUGCCUCCGGAGAAGCUCGACGCCCUCGCGGGCUGGUUCGCGCAGUCCCUCUCCCUCGACGCCGCCACGCGCCGCGCCGCCGAGAAGAGCCUCUCCUCCGCGGAGUCCUCCCCGGGCUUCGCGCUCGCGCUCCUCGGCCUCGCCGCCUCCCCGCGCCACGACCUCCAGGCCCGCCUCGCCGCCUCCGUGCAGUUGAACAGACUCCUCCGCCGCCGCUGGCCAAAGCCCGACUCGGAGGCCGACGACCACCUCCCGGCCUCCGACUGCGACCUCAUCAAGGCCAACCUCCUCCCGCUCCUCCUCGCCGCCCCGCCCCUCAUCCAGGCGCAGCUCUCAGAGGCCCUCGCCGUCGCAGCGGCGUCCGACUUCCCCGCCAGGUGGGAGUCGCUCCUCCCGUCCAUCGUGUUCUCCCUCGGCAACGCAGCCACCGCGGGGGACAUCGCCGCUAUCAACUCCCUCCUCACCGCCGCGGCCUCGCUCUUCUCCCGCUUCCGCAUCGCAUUCGACAACAACGCCCUCCGCCUUGACCUCAAGUACUGCCUCGACAGCUUCGCCGCCCCACUCCUCGAGGUCUUCCUCUUCGCCUCCGGCCGCCUUCAGGAAGCAGCGACAAGGGCCAACCCGGCCGAGCUCCGCCCCGUGUUUCAGUGCCUUCGCCUCUGCAGCGAGAUCUUCUAUUCGCUAAAUUCCAUCGACCUGCCGGAGUUCUUCGAGGACCACAUGCAGCAGUGGAUGACACAAUUCCGAGCCUUCCUCACCACGUCCUACCCACCGCCUGUUGAGGCAGAUGGUGCCGCGGAUGCACUGCGUGCUGCUGUCUGUGAUAACCUGCAGCUCUAUAUGGAGAAGUACGAGGAGGAGUUCAAGGUGUACUUGAAGGAGUUUGUUGAGGCUGUGUGGGGGCUCCUCAUGGUGCACACUGCUUCGCCAUCCCGCGGGCAGCUUGCCGUGACUGUGAUAAGGUUCUUGACUACAGUUGCCGAGAGCGUGCACCAUGCAUUGUUUGGGAGUCCUGAGGCGAUGAAGCAGAUUUUUGAUAGUGUUGUCGUGCCUAACCUGCGGCUGCGGGAUGAGGAUGAGGAGGAGUUUGAGGGAAACUGGGUGGAAUAUGUCAGGCGUGACUCGGAGGGCAGCAAUUCGGAUACACUCAGACGGGCUGCCUGCCGGUUGCUGAGGGGGCUUGCGGCGAAUUACCGGGACCAGGUGGCUACACUCGUGUCAGCUCAGGUCCAGCAGAUGUUGGCUGCAUAUACAGCUGAUCAGGCGAACAACUGGAAGGAGAAGGAUGCUGCAAUAUACCUUGUGAUUGCUCUUAUGCAGAAGCCUGGUGCUACAGGUGGCGGGACACCCGUGGUUGACAUGGAAAGCUUCUUUACAUCUGUGAUUGUGCCUGAGCUCCAGGCCCCUGAUUGGCAGUCUGAGCCAAUGCUGAAGGCAACUGUCCUCAGGUUCUUGAAGGAGUUCAGGGAUCAGACUCCCAAAGCCACUGCACUGGCUCUGCUUCCAGGUGUGGUGAGGUUCUUGACACAUGAGUCCAAUGUUGUUCACUCAUAUGCUGCGACCUUCAUCGAGAACCUGCUGAUGAUCAAGGAUGCAGUCCCGGUACCAGGGUUGAACACAGUGACCAGGUCUCAAUGUUAUAUUGCUGCUGAUAUCAAUCCAUUUGCCCCACAGAUCAUUCAGAACCUGUCCGCAGCCUUAAGUUUACCUGAUUCACAAGAGAACCCCUAUCUGAUGAAGUGCCUGAUGCGGGUGCUUGGGGUUGCUAAUAUAGCUGGUCAAUUUGUUCAUGAGAUUACUGCUCGUCUUGUAGGUAUUCUCAUGGAAGUGUGCAAUAACCCCAAGAACCCUGACUUCAACCAUUACUUGUUUGAGGCUCUGGCAGCAGUGAUUGGUCGGAGUGGUGAGCAGGACCCAUCACUAGUACCUGGUUUUGAGGCCAGCCUCUUUCCAGUGCUCCAGAGGAUAUUAGUUGAAGACAUCGCGGAGUUCUGGCCGUAUGCUUUUCAGAUAUUUGCACAACUUGUCAAUUUGAGCCGCCCACCUCUCUCGCAGAAUUACUUGCAGCUUUUUGGCGUCCUUCUCAGCAAUGCCACUUGGGACCGACCACCAUGUGUUCCUGCCUUGGUUCGUUUGAUGAGAGCAUUCCUUAGGAAAAUUCCAAAUGAGCUAAACCAAGAGGGCAGGCUUCCAAAUAUCUUAGCAAUAUUCCGUAGUCUCCUAUCACGAAGCAGCACUGAAGAUUCUGCAUUCUACAUUCUUAACACACUAGUGGAAAAUGUAAGCUUUGACAUUAUGAAUCCUUACAUAAGUGAGAUAUGGAGUGCUUUGUUUACUCGGCUACAGACUAGACAGGCAGUGAAGUUUGUAAAUUAUCUAGUGGUCUUCAUGUCCUUGGUGCUGAUCAGAUAUGGAUCAGGUGUUCUUGUCAAUUCCAUUGAUGCAAUUCAGCCAAAUCUUUUCACCCAAAUCCUCCAGCGUUUUUGGAUUCCCAAUCUUAAAUUGAUCAAAGGGGCUCUCGAAGUUAAGCUGACAGCAGUUGCAUCAACAAAGUUGCUUUGUGAGUCCACAGUGCUGUUGGAUGCUGCUACAGUCGAGUGCUGGGGCAAAUUACUUGACAGUGCUGUCUUGCUGUUGUCCAGAACAAAUCAAGAUGGAGCACAGCAAGAGCAAAACGAUGGUGCUGAUGCAGUGGAUAUUCAGAAGACAUCGGGUUAUUCUGUCUCAUUUGUACGGCUUCAGUAUGCCGGAAAGAGUGAAGAUGAUCUUUUGAAAGAAGUAAAUGAUCCAAAACAGUUUCUGGUCACAUCCUUGGCCACACUUUCUGCACAGUCUCCUGGGAGGUUUGGUCCUGUCAUUGAGAAGCAUGUGGAAUCAGCGAACAAAAGUGCUCUUCUUCAACUUUGUGCAGCCUACAAUGCCAACAUUGUCUAGGAGCCAAUCUCCCUGGAAGGCAUUUGCCUUGUUGCUCAAGAUUUCUUGUCAAAAGAUGAGUCUCUGCGAGUUGCCUAACUGUCUAGCUCUUUUUCGGCCUCACAGACGUGUUGGCUGGUCGUGGGAUGGGUCAUGGAUGGAUGUCGAACCAUAGAAGAAAAGAAACAUUGAGAGUGUUAUGGAGGGUGUGUCAUUUGAUCGAGGAUUCUUUUUUUUUUUGUCCUCGUGGCAGAGGUUCCUUUUUUUUGGGGGGGGGUGGGGGGGGGGGGGGAGUAUAUUAUUGGUCCAGUCGGUAUGUUGUGAACCUCGUCUGUGUGUGGUUGUGUGUGUGUGUGUGUCAGUCCUGGAUCCUGAUGGCCGCUGGAACAUACUGUAAUUUUGUCUGCCUGGCUGCAGCUCAGGAAAAAAAAUGGUAUUCUGCGUAUUGAAUGAAUAUAGUGUCUCAAGUUAUGCAGUA